GGUGGAAAGGGGACCGAGGGCUGCGUACCGGAAAUAGGGACGGUAACCAUAGCAGCAGUCGAGCGGGCUGCUGGGGCUGCGUUCCUUCCGCUUCCGCCUCCCUCUCCCUCUCCGCGGGCCCCGCACAGAGACCGAGAGGAUGAGCAAGGUCCGAGAGAGCCCCGCGGCGACAGGAGGAGCCGCCGCAAUCCUGCUCCGCUACCUCCGAGACCAGAAUCGGCCACACAGCGCCCAGGACGCCUUCGGGAACCUGCAGCGGGAGCAUGGGCUGGGCAAGACGGCUGUGGUGAAAGCACUGGAGCAGCUGGCUCAACAAGGGAAAAUAAGAGAGAAGGCUUAUGGGAAACAGAAAAUAUACUUUCCAGACCAGGAUCAGUUUCCCACAGUGAGUGACUCUGAGCUUAAAGCCUUGGACAAUGAAAUCUCGGAGCUUUCUUCAAAAGUACAAACCCUUCAACAGAGCUGCCGCCAUAUGGAAUCAGAACUGAAGGAUCUGAAUGGCUCAAUGACAACCCCAGAGAUGAUUAAAGAGAUUGAAGAGUUAAAAAAAGAUUGUGCCAGUUACACAGAGAAACUGGAGCGAAUUAAAUCUGCAGCCAACCAUGUGACUCCUGAAGAGAAAGAGAAGGUUUACAACGAGAAGAAGCUGUACUGUAAAGAAUGGAGGAGGAGGAAGAGAAUGGCGACUGAGCUACUUGAUGCAAUUCUGGAGGGCUACCCCAAAAGCAAGAAACAGUUCUUUGAGGAAGUUGGGAUAGAGACGGAUGAGGAUUACAAUGUCACUUUGCCGGUGGGUGUCUGAGUUGCUGACAGGAGCCACUGCUCCAAGGGAGAAAAUUGGCCAGUGUGGAACCCAACAGAAGCCGCUUCUGAAACUUGCACUGUUUGUAGGGCUUGGUUUUGUCCUGCGUCUUUUAUGUAUGUUUAUGUUUUAAAAUGCUUUGCAGUCAGGAGGGUGGCUAGAGGGGUUGAGGCAGCUCCAGGCCCCAUCAUAUUCUCAUUUGCAGUGGAGUCCCGUUUCUAUUAUCCUUUGUUGCAAUGAGCAGUUGGGAUGGUGCCUCUCCACUGGGCUAGCGGUGUGUUGGAUUGCCAACAAGUAGGUGAGUUUGUUCUAGCAAAGGGAGGAAAGGAGUGUCUAGGAGAUGGGAAAGAAACUAGUUGUUUAACUGUGUAGAGAUGUACUAGCAUCUCAAUGUAUUUAAUAGAGAGGGUGGGAAAUGCUUCCCCCAGCAUCUACCAUGCCGUAAUGCUGUAUACAGGAGUGUGAUUCAUUAAACACCACUGUGUCUCAUCUUA